AUGGUAGCACCAUUCACCGACUCGCUAGAAAAAACUAGCAAAGCCAGCAAGGCUAGCUCCGAGCUCGACAAUGAAACCGUUGAGCUGAGCAGGACCGUGUCGGAGACCUCCGCCACUCCUGUGGGCAGAAAACUCGUCCUUUCCGCCUACUGUGUGCUCGUUUUCGCGGCAUUUGUUGAAACCUUUGCCGGCGACUCGACGUCAGGCCUGGACUCCUAUGCCACAUCCCACUUCAACGCCCAUUCCCUGAUUUCACCGCCAGUGUUACCUACAAAAUCACCGCAAUUGUGUCAGAUCCUGUACGCCGUUGGAAGAAUCGGGUACCGGGUGUUCCAGCAGGUGUUCAUCGCCGAUACUUCUUCGCUCAUCAACCGUGGUCUCAUGUCGCAGCUCCCUGAUGCGCUUGCUGCCGUGCCUUCUCUCUACGUCGGAUCCAUCAUCCAGGACGCUUUCAUCGAGCACUCGACCUGGAGAUGGGGCUACGGUAUGUGGGCCAUUGUCAUGUUUGUGUCCUGUCUCGUUCUGACCACUAUGAUGUACAUCGUGGACCGCAAGACCAAGUCCACCGGUCACGACAAGAUCAUCAAAUCGCUCGAGGGCCUGUUUGAAGGCGGCUUCUUGAAAAAGGCCGGCUACUACAUGUUUGUCAAGCUGGACCUGUUCGGAGGUGUUCUGAUGGCCGUCGGACUCGUGCUGUUUUUCAUUCCACUCAAACUGACCGGAACGUCCAGUCCGUAUAAAUGGCACGAGGCUAGACUGAUUGCACUUCUGAUCGUUGGAUUCGUCAUUUUCUGCCUGUUCCUGCUGUGGAACACCAAGAUUGCCAGGUAUCCGUUUGUGCAACACCAGGCCCUGCUGCAGAAAACCACCUUGCUCGCCUGCAUCAUCGUUGCCCUGGACUUGUGCGAAAACUCGGCCUUCUCCACGUAUAUGAAGACUGUGCUUCAGGUCUCCGACUACGUGACCGUGGGAGAGGCCAGCAGAAUUGACAACUCGAAAAAGGCGUGUGUCCAAGUUUUCAGCGUGGUGGGAGGACUCGUCAUGAAGUACACCAAACGCUCCAAACUGUUUGUCACCUCGGGGAUUGUUCUCCUCUACCUCGGACACGUUUUGCUGGUGUGCUUUGUCAACACGGGCGACGGAAUGGCCUCCAAGCCGCUUCUCUACAUGGCUGAGGUGUUCAUUGGCGCAGGCAGAGGAUUCUACCAGUGCGCGUUGCAGGUGAUCGUGCAGGCUGUGGCCGGCCGCCAUAACAUUGCCAUGUCGACUGCUUUCUUCCUUGCGUUCAACUCUAUCGGCUCGCUGAUUGGCUCUGCCAUUGCGGGCUCGAUCUGGAACACGGUUGUGUUGUCCAAGCUCAAAAAGUACCUCCCCGAAGACUCCAAGAACAAGGCCACCAAAAUUUAG